UGAAGCAAGUGAAUAUCGAACCAGUAAUUAAUGGCGAAUUAUCCAGCCGUUCGGCACAUCUCAAGAUGCUCCAUUAAACCAGAGAGCAUUCCAGAAGAAUCAAAUCAACCUUUUCACUUGAACCCAUGGGAUCUCUCCAUGCUUUCCUCACAUCCCAUCCAAAAGGGUUUUCUCUUUCCCAAACCUCCCCCAACCAAAAACCCUUCCGUUACCAUCAUCGAACACCUUAAGGAUUCCCUUUCCCGCACCCUUGUCCACUUCCUUCCCCUGGCCGGCCGCCUUGUCACUCAUAAACAAGAAAACCCACAUUCUUACUCUGUUUCUCUGGAUUUUAAGAACAACCCAGGAGUGGAUUUUGUCCAUGCUGUUGCAGAUGUGACCAUGGCAGAUAUCCUCUCCUCCAUUGACGUUCAUCCCAUCGUUCAAUCAUUCUUUCUUCUAGACGAAACUGUCAACCACGAUGGCCACACCUUAUCUUUGGUGGCUGUGCAGGUAACAGAGUUACUGGAUGGAAUUUUCAUCGCAUGCUCCUUCAACCAUAUCAUCGGUGAUGGGACUUCUUAUUGGCAUUUCUUCAAUGCAUGGGCUGAGGUUUGCAGGAUGUUAAAGGGAAAGAAUGAUAGCAUCUCACGCCCACCAGUUCUCAAACAGUGGUUUCUCGAUGGCCAUGGCCCUAUAAUCAAUUUACCUUUCUCUCACCAUGAUGAGUUCAUUGACAGGUACAAGCCACCUGUGGUGCUCAGAGAGAGGUUUUUCCAUUUCUCACCACAAUCCAUUGCGAAUCUCAAAGCUAAGGCCAACGAAGAAUGCAAAACCAACACCAGCACCAUAUCCUCCUUCCAGGCCUUGUCUGCACUUGUUUGGAGAUGUGUGACACGGGCACGCCGCCAUCUACCCAGUCACCAGAAAACAAGUUGCAGGUUAGCCAUCAAUAAUAGACCAAGACUGAACCCACCAUUAUCACCGGACUACUUUGGAAACUGCGUUCAGACUGUGAGCGCAACCGUGACUGUUGAAGAACUGCUCAGCCAUGAAAUUAGGUGGGUAGCAUGGCUAUUGCACGAGGCUGUGAAUGGGCAUAAUGACAGUAAAGUGCGGGGGUGGCUGGAAGGGUGGAUGGCGAGUCCUUUCAUUUACCAGCUUAGCAAUUUCUUUGAUCCUUGCAGUGUUAUGAUGGGGAGCUCACCCAGAUUCAACAUGUAUGGGUGUGACUUUGGGUGGGGAAAGGCAGAGGCUGUUCGAAGUGGGUUUGCAAAUAAGUUUGAUGGGAAAGUGUCUUCAUACCCAGGGCGCCAUGGAGUAGGAAGUGUGGACUUAGAGGUGAGCCUUCCACCAGAGUGUAUGAGUGCCCUCGAGUCUGACCCAGAGUUUAUGGACGCGGUGUCGCUUUCCCACCGCAACCACCACCAUCACCACCAAAUGCAUUAUUAA